AUGUCGUCGGUCGCGCAAAAACGUCUAUUCCACGAAUACAAGAACCUCUCGACGAAUCCGCCCGAUGGUAUCACGGCCGGCCCCGUUACGGAAGAUGAUAUGUUCUAUUGGGAAGCCCUCAUCCAGGGUCCCGAGGGCACGCCUUUCGAAGGUGGGGUGUUUGCGGCCGAAUUGAAAUUCCCCAAGGACUAUCCGUUGAGUCCGCCGACAAUGAAAUUUGUCGGGGGCGGGGUCUGGCAUCCGAACGUCUACCCUAACGGGACCGUCUGUAUCUCCAUUCUGCACCCUCCCGGCGAUGAUCCCAACCACUACGAGCACGCUUCGGAGCGAUGGUCGCCGAUUCAGAGCGUGGAGAAAAUCCUCAUUUCUGUCAUGAGCAUGCUGGCCGAGCCCAACGAUGAGAGUCCUGCCAACGUGGAGGCCGCGAAGAUGUGGAGAGAGCGACGGGCCGAGUAUGAGCGCAAGGUUCGCGACGAGGUCCGCAAGGGCCUGGGAUUGUAG